GGCAGCAGCCGCAGGCCCACGCCGUAAACAGUCAACAUGGCGGCGGCGGCGGCAGCGGCACCCGGGGCCUUGGGCACCUUGCAGGCCGGCCGCGCUCGCUUGGUGGCCGCUUGCUGUGCGCGGCUCGGCCCUGGGUGGAGGCUGUCUGGCUCCUGGACGGUCCCGCGGGUCGACCCGGCGAUCUGGGCUCGGGGCUGGACACACGCGGCCGGGGGGGCGGCCUGGCGGAGGGGCUACAGCUCUGAGGUGAAGACGGAGGACGAGCUGCGGGUGCGGUAUCUGGAGGAGGAGAACCGAGGAAUUGUGGUGCUUGGAAUAAACAGAGCUUAUGCCAAAAAUUCAUUGAGUACAAAUCUUAUAAAAAUGCUGUCAAAAGCUGUGGAUGCUUUAAAAUCUGAUAAGAAAGUACGGACCAUAAUAGUCAGAAGUGAAGUCCCAGGCAUAUUCUGUGCUGGUGCUGACCUUAAGGAAAGAGUCAAAAUGAAUUCCAGUGAAGUUGGUCCUUUUGUCUCCAAAAUAAGAGCAGUGAUUAAUGAAAUCGCUAAUCUUCCAGUGCCAACCAUUGCAGCAAUAGAUGGACUCGCUUUAGGUGGUGGACUUGAACUGGCUUUAGCAUGUGAUAUAAGAGUAGCAGCUUCUUCUGCAAAAAUGGGCCUGGUUGAAACAAAGUUGGCAAUUAUUCCUGGUGGAGGGGGCACGCAGCGACUGCCGCGUGCCAUUGGGAUGUCCCUGGCCAAAGAGCUCAUCUUCUCUGCACGUGUGCUUGAUGGCCAAGCAGCCAAAGCAGUGGGCUUGAUCAGCCAUGUUCUGGAACAGAACCAGGAGGGGGACGCUGCCUAUAGAAAGGCCUUGGACCUAGCAAGAGAGUUUUUACCUCAGGGACCUGUUGCAAUGAGAGUGGCAAAAUUAGCAAUUAAUCAAGGGAUGGAGGUCGAUUUAAUAACAGGAUUAGCCAUAGAAGAAGCUUGUUAUGCUCAGACCAUUCCAACGAAAGACAGACUUGAAGGUCUUCUUGCUUUUAAAGAGAAAAGGACCCCUCGUUAUAAAGGAGAGUAGAAGAAAGAGAAAUCUUUAAAAUGCCAGUGUAAUAAAUACACUUCUGGAAGUAUCUUUCAGAUUCACGUAUGCCUCAGCAUCUGGAAUCCCAGAGACCAAAGUGAAGAGCGAGUUAUCCACAUACUGAAUUAAGUAUCUGGAGUGGACCCCUAUGUGUACUUGUUCAAAUGUGUAUCAUCAUUUUCAUUCAGAUUUAUAAAGCUAAUAGUGUAUACUGUCAAAAACGCCAAUUCAAAAUUAGGUAUACAUUUUUAAAUACCUCCUGCAUAUGAGGCUUUCUGUUCUUAAUUUUUUUAAUGUGAAUAAUUUAUAUAUUGCACACGCUAGGAAAAAAUAUUGAUUGUAUGUCUCCUGUGCUACAGUAUGAAAAUAAAAUUAUUUCUUUGUACCAAAAA